AUGGAUGAACUUCAAAAAUUAGAGCAUCUGUCUUUAGUUUCAAAAAUAUGCACAGAAUUAGAAAACCAUCUUGGUAUAAAUGAUAAGGAUUUAGCUGAAUUUAUAAUUGCAUUGUCAGAAAAAAACAAUACUUUUGAAAGUUUCAAAGCAAUCCUUUUAAAAAAUGGAGCAGAAUUUUCUGAUUCAUUUAUAGAAAAUUUACUUCGUUUAAUCAAACACAUGCAACCAAAAGAUAAACCAAAAUUGGAAAAAACAGUGAAAGAUGUUUUGGCAGAAAAGUUUCCUGCUUUUACUGAAGAUCAAUCUAAUGAUGUAAAUGAAGCAAUGGCUGUAUUAGAAUCUCUGGCGCCAUCAAAUAUUGCUAAGAUGGCAGAAAUCAACAAUUUAUCAAGAGAUGAAAAACUUAUUAAAAAUGAAAAUACAAAACUUGGUGACAAUAGGGAAAAUAAAGAUGUUUCUCCUGCUAAGAGUCUUAGCCCAGAACGGAAACAUAAAAGAAAAGAUAGGGAAUCAACAAAAGAUGACAAAAGUAAUUAUAAAAAAACUAAAAUUAGAAAUAGAAGUCGAAGCAGGAGCAGAAGUAGAAGUAGAAAACUAAAACAUGAUAGAUAUUCUCAUCAAGACAAAGACUACAAGAGGAGAAGAUCCAGAUCUCAUUCUAGAAGCUUGCAUAGAAAAAAAAGAUCUAGUCUUGAAAGAAGGAAAAUGUCUAGAUCACCAAGUUAUGACAGAAAAAAAUUUCAAAGAAAUUUUUACUCUAAAGAUGAAAAUGUUAGAAAUCAAACUCAUAGAGGUAGAUCUAAAACUCCGGAAAAAGAUUUACCUUGUGAUCCAGAAGUUGGAAAAAUUUAUAAUGGAAAAAUAGCUAAUAUAGUUCCUUUUGGCUGUUUUGUACAAUUAGAAAAUUUAAGAAAAAGGUGGGAGGGAUUAGUUCACAUAUCUCAGUUAAGAAGAGAGGGAAGAAUAACUACAGUUGCUGAUGUCGUAUCUCGUGGUCAAAAAGUAAAGGUUAAGGUUCUUUCAGUAACCGGACAAAAAGUUUCACUGUCGAUUAAAGAUGUUGAUCAAGAUACAGGAAAAGAUUUAAAUCCAAUCACACAAGGCCUUAGAGAGCAAGAGGAAGAAAUUGCUCACAGAAAUCCAGAUAGACCUAUAUCUUUAUUAGAACUGCAAAGAAAUCAUGAUGAGGAAGAAGGAGAAAGUAGAAAAAGAGUUCAUAGAAUAUCUUCACCUGAAAAAUGGGAAUUAAAGCAAAUGAUUUCUGCAUCCUGUAUAAACAGGAGUGAAUUACCAGAUUUCGAUGAGGAAACCGGUUUACUUCCAAGGGAAGAAGAUGAAGAAGAAGAUAUAGAAAUUGAAUUGGUAGAAGAUGAGCCUCCUUUUUUGCAAGGACACGGUCGAAUGCUUCACGAUUUGAGUCCUGUUAGAAUAGUUAAAAAUCCUGAUGGUAGUCUUGCUCAAGCUGCAAUGAUGCAAAGUGCAUUAUCAAAAGAAAGAAGGGAACAAAAAAUGUUACAAAGAGAACAAGAAAUGGAUUCAAUGCCUCAGACAUUAAAUAAAAACUGGAUAGAUCCAUUACCAGAGGCUGAUACCAAAACAGUGACAGCCAACAUGAGAGGAGUUGGAGUAAUUUCUCAAGAUUUACCAGAGUGGAAAAAACAUGUCAUUGGAGGAAAGAAAAGUUCUUUUGGGAAAAAAACAAACAUGACAUUACUCGAGCAAAGAGAAAGUCUCCCAAUUUUUAAACUUAAAGAUGAUCUUAUUAAGGCUGUAACAGACAAUCAAAUUUUAAUAGUGAUUGGAGAAACGGGUUCUGGGAAAACUACUCAAAUCACACAAUAUUUAGCAGAGUCUGGUUUUACGUUCCGUGGUAAAAUAGGGUGCACCCAACCUCGAAGAGUUGCAGCUAUGAGCGUAGCAAAACGUGUAGCUGAAGAAUUUGGAUGCCGUUUGGGACAAGAAGUGGGCUACACAAUUCGUUUCGAGGAUUGUACCAGUCCAGAAACAGUUAUUAAAUACAUGACGGACGGUAUGCUUCUUAGAGAAUGUCUUGUAGAUUUGGACUUGAAAAAUUAUUCAGUCGUAAUGUUAGAUGAGGCUCAUGAAAGAACUAUUCAUACGGACGUUUUGUUCGGUUUAUUAAAACAAGCUGUGAGAAAACGUCCGGAAUUAAAGCUUAUUGUAACUUCAGCCACAUUAGACGCAGUUAAAUUUUCCCAGUAUUUUUUCGAGGCUCCUAUUUUUACUAUACCUGGAAGAACAUUUCCGGUAGAAGUAUUGUAUACAAAAGAACCGGAAACUGAUUACUUGGAUGCUAGUUUAAUUACUGUUAUGCAGAUUCAUCUUCGAGAACCUCCUGGUGAUAUUUUACUUUUUUUAACUGGUCAAGAAGAAAUCGAUACUGCUUGUGAAAUUUUAUACGAAAGAAUGAAAUCGCUGGGUCCGGAUGUGCCCGAGCUCAUUAUUCUUCCAGUGUAUUCCGCUCUUCCAAGCGAAAUGCAAACCAGAAUUUUCGAGCCUGCACCUCCUGGUUCACGUAAAGUAGUUAUUGCUACGAAUAUUGCUGAAACUUCUCUAACUAUUGAUGGAAUUUAUUAUGUUGUCGACCCUGGAUUCGUUAAACAAAAAGUUUAUAAUUCAAAGACAGGAAUGGAUAGUUUAGUAGUGACCCCUAUAUCUCAGUUUCAGUCCAAGCAGCGCGCGGGAAGAGCUGGGAGAACUGGACCUGGAAAGUGUUACAGAUUAUAUGUUGAAAGAGCUUACAGAGACGAAAUGCUUCCCACUCCUGUUCCAGAAAUUCAAAGAACGAAUCUCGCCACAACCGUAAGUUUUAAAAAAUUAAAAACUAUGGGUAUAAAUGACCUACUUCAUUUCGAUUUUAUGGACGCUCCACCCGUAGAGUCUUUAAUUAUGGCUCUCGAACAAUUGCAUUCUUUGAGCGCUUUGGAUGAUGAAGGUCUUCUAACUCGAUUGGGUAGAAGAAUGGCAGAAUUCCCGUUGGAACCUAAUUUAUCUAAAAUGUUAAUUAUGUCAGUUCAUUUAGGAUGUUCGGAUGAAAUUUUAACCAUCGUUUCAAUGCUUAGCGUUCAAAAUGUAUUUUACAGACCUAAAGAUAAACAAGCAUUAGCCGAUCAAAAAAAAGCAAAAUUUAACCAAAUGGAGGGAGAUCAUUUAACUCUUUUGGCUGUUUACAAUUCGUGGAAAAACAAUAAGUUUUCAAAUGCUUGGUGCUACGAAAACUUUGUACAAAUUCGAACGUUAAAAAGAGCUCAAGAUGUGCGAAAGCAAUUGUUGGGUAUCAUGGACAGACAUAAACUGGAUGUAGUUUCUGCUGGAAAAAAUACCGUAAGAGUUCAAAAAUGUGUUUGUUCAGGUUUUUUUAGAAAUGCAGCCAAAAAAGAUCCACAGGAAGGUUAUAGAACCUUGGUCGAUAGUCAAGUUGUUUACAUUCAUCCUUCCAGUGCAUUAUUUAACAGACAACCGGAAUGGGUUAUUUACCACGAGUUGGUUCAAACCACGAAGGAAUAUAUGCGGGAAGUGACAACGAUUGAUCCUAAAUGGUUGGUUGAAUUUGCCCCGGCAUUUUUUAAAUUUUCAGACCCGACUAAGCUGAGUAAAUUUAAAAAGAAUCAACGAUUAGAACCCUUGUAUAAUAAAUAUGAAGAACCGAAUGCAUGGAGAAUAUCUCGAGUUCGCAGAAGGAGAAAUUAA